AUGUGUGACAUAGGGAAAUAUGUUUGGGCCAUUGCCAACAAGGAAGAUAAUUUGUGGGUGAAGUGGAUACAUACUGUUUACAUAAAACAAGAAGAUUGGUGGGCUUAUAAGGCACCUAGCUCUAGUAGUUGGUAUUGGAAGCAAAUUGUCAGGGUCAAGGAUGGGUUAAAGGAAACUUAUCAAGGAAUUGUUCUAAGCUGGCCUUAUUACAAUAUAGCUAAAUUGUAUAAUCUGAUGAAGAACAAAACUGAGACCAGAUGGAAAUUUUCUUCAAUUUGGGAUAGGCUAGGAAUUCCAAAGCACAAGUUUGUGGAUUGGUUGGUGUUAAUGCAAAGGAUGCCGACUAAAGAUAGACUGUUCAGAUUUGGAAUUACUGAAGAUUCUCUAUGUGUUAUCUGUGGACAGUAUGUUGAAAGUCAUAGACAUUUAUUUUUUGAAUGUCAGUUUAGUAAGAGUUGUCAGGCUUCUAUCUUGACUUGGUUAAGGAUAGGAUCCCAUCGAAUUGAGCUGGCUGGGAUAAUGAAUUGGAUUAGGCGCAGUAGACACUCCGCCUGCAGAAGAAGAGUGUAUUAUUGUUCACUUAGUGCUUGUGUGUACCACAUUUGGAGAGCUAGAAACUCAGCUUAUUGGAAGCUUCACGUGCCUUUAGUGGGUUUUGUAACUCAGAAUAUUAAAACUGAAGUUUGUAAUAGAUUUUGUUUGUUGUUUGAAAGGAAACUAGGAAAGGAGGAUUUAAAGUGGGUGAGGAAGUUACAAUGUAAUUAA